CUCUCCAUCUUUUACUUUGAGCUAGCUCAUGAAUCCGGACGUGAAAGCCAUUACGUCGACUUGAAAUUCUGUACUACAAUCUUAAACUUCUCGGUCUAGCAGCCGCACUCAAAUCUUCCGAGAGAAAAUGUCCGAACCUCAAGGCACACCCACCAAGUUGCAGAGUGAGGGUGAGGGUGAAAGAUCAUCAACAUCCAGUCCAUUGACGUCCAAACAAGAGCAAAAAGAACAAAAGGAUGGCCAAAAUUCAGAUUCAUUGUCAAUACCGAAGGAUUUGCAAGACAAUUACAGCGAUAUUUCAGGAAAGAAAGAGAUGGAUGCUCAACAUUCCAGUAGUAGCCAUCCAUCAAAACUUAAACAUUUCAGUCACAGCCAUGAAUUGAUGUUCAAAGAAGAACAAAAAGAGAAAAACUAUGAUGACGAAGUUGUUUUUUGCAAUGCGUGCGAGGAGGUAGUGCUUGGCCCUAGAUACAGUUGUAACACAUGUGUCGACCCCAAUUCCACCUUCAACCUCCAUAAAUCAUGUGCGGAGGAGUUAUCCUGCGAGAUCGAGCACCCGAUUCACAGGCACAAACUGAAAUUUGAAUGUAAAACAGAGCCUUCCGCAGAACUUUUCACUUGUAAUGCCUGCCACCAACCUUGCAGAUUAGCCUACGCUUGUUCCCCAUGUGAUCUCGCCCUUGACCUCAAAUGUGCCUCCAAUUGGUGCCACAUUCUUGACAGGAAAAAGCCCCACGUGCAUCAAUUCAGCGUCCUUGGGAAAGGAAUUCCAUUUGAUUGUGAGGUCUGCGGCAAAAUUCAGGAUUCACUCCCCUACCUUUGUACCAUCUGCCACCUCUUGGUCGGUAAGGAAUGCACACAAUCACUACCACAUGUCAUCAGAAUUGCCUCGCACCGACAUCGUCUUGGGCUCAUCUGGUUCCUUGAAGAAGCUUACAAGAAGGACCGAAUUUGUAAAAUCUGCUAUACAAGCACGAACAGAAGUCGUGCUGUUUAUCAAUGUAAUUCUUGUGAUUAUUACGUUGCCCACACUCUAUGCUCCAUGGACAACAUAACCCGCACCAAUGAUGACAACCAAGAUGAUUGGCUAUAUUGGAUAGAAGGACAAAGCUAUCGUGCAACUAUAAAGAGAAUGUUUUCGAGAUACAAAUCGGAAUUAAAGGAGAUAAAUCCAAUUGAGCUAAUUGAGGAACGGGGGCUCAAGAAUUUCAGUCACGAUCAUAUCUUAACCCUCAUUGAUGAGCUUAGAGAUAAUGAUGCAAUUACUUGUAACGGUUGCAUGAGGCCCAUCACCAUCAGUACCGGUAAAUUUUAUUGUUGUACACAAGAUUGCCUUUUUUUUCUCCACAAAAGAUGUGCUCGAUUACGUGAAAAACAGCUUCACUCAUUUCAUCCACACGAGCUCCAACUCCUCGCAAAAGCUUAUACAUUUGACGGACUAUUUAACUGUCAUAUGUGCCACAGCUUGAGCCAAGGCUUCUGUUUAUAUUGUGAAGGAUGCGACAUAUACCUGGACCUCCAAUGCAUGUCUAUUUCCAACCCUCUUCGUAGACUUAAGGUUCAUGGACACAGCCUCGACUUGAACUCUGCUUCAAGCGAGGACCAUUGCAGGGGUUGUGGUAUUUCUCUUGCGGAUUUGCGCUUCAGUUGCUUCAAAUCUAAGUUUCAUUUGUGCAUUCCAUGUGUUAAACUACCGCAUACUGCUAGGUACAAAUACCAGGAUGAUCAUCUCAAGCUCACCUACCAUUCCGUUGAAAAUGAACUAGGUGAAUAUUACUGCGACAUAUGCGAAGGAGAACGAGAUCCAGCACAUUGGUUCUACAAGUCCAAACAUUGUGACUUUGAAUGCCAUCCUCAUUGCAUUCUAGGGCGGCAUCCGCAAGUUAAGUUGGGGAGCAGUUACAAGCUUGAUGCUCACCCACACAUUAACAAACAUAAUAUAGAUUACUCACAUGGUCCAUUUGCUUGUGUCUUAGAUCUCCAUUCUCAAGCAAAACAAGAUCUUGUAAGAGGACUGGGGGCUUCAGCCAACGUGCAAGCCGCUGACCACCGUCGUCAAUUGUUGAGGCUAGCACCUCUCCACCAUAAUACAUCAUCAGCAAGUCUGGCCAUCGCCGUAAAUCACCUUCAUGGCAGCUCUCACAAGCCUCCAAACAACAAAACAAAUGCUCUCAUGUUUCCUACACAACAUCUCAACACACUACCAUUAUCAUCCAUUCCUUAG